AUCCGGCUGCCAAGAUGAUUUGUCUAUAAAAGCCGGACUGGGAGCGUCUCGCCGCCAGACGCUCUUCCUGUUUUCCGUGCCUCUGUUACCGCGGGCCUCGAAGAUGGCGUCUACCAGCCGUUUGGAUGCUCUCCCGAGAGUCACGUGUCCGAACCAUCCGGAUGCAAUUUUAGUAGAGGACUACAGAGCUGGUGACAUGAUCUGUCCUGAGUGUGGCCUGGUCGUAGGUGACCGGGUCAUCGAUGUGGGAUCUGAAUGGAGAACCUUCAGCAAUGACAAAGCAACAAAAGAUCCAUCUCGAGUUGGAGAUUCUCAGAACCCUCUGCUGAGUGAUGGAGACUUGUCUACCAUGAUUGGCAAGGGCACAGGAGCUGCAAGCUUUGAUGAGUUUGGCAAUUCUAAGUAUCAGAAUCGGAGGACGAUGAGCAGCUCGGACCGAGCGAUGAUGAACGCGUUCAAGGAGAUCACGACCAUGGCGGACAGAAUCAACCUCCCCCGGAACAUAGUCGAUCGAACAAAUAAUUUAUUUAAGCAAGUGUAUGAGCAGAAGAGCCUAAAGGGAAGAGCUAAUGAUGCUAUUGCUUCUGCCUGUCUGUAUAUUGCCUGUAGGCAAGAAGGGGUUCCUAGGACAUUUAAAGAAAUAUGUGCUGUAUCCCGGAUUUCUAAGAAAGAAAUUGGUCGAUGUUUUAAACUUAUCCUGAAAGCUUUAGAAACGAGUGUGGAUUUAAUUACAACUGGGGACUUCAUGUCCAGGUUCUGCUCCAACCUCUGUCUUCCCAAGCAAGUGCAGAUGGCAGCCACCCACAUCGCCCGCAAGGCCGUGGAGCUGGACUUGGUUCCUGGGAGGAGCCCCAUCUCUGUGGCCGCAGCAGCCAUUUACAUGGCCUCACAGGCGUCUGCCGAGAAGAGGACCCAGAAAGAAAUUGGCGACAUUGCUGGCGUUGCUGACGUUACAAUCAGACAGUCCUACAGACUCAUCUAUCCUAGAGCCCCAGAUCUCUUUCCGUCAGACUUCAAGUUUGACACCCCAGUGGACAAACUACCACAGCUAUAAACGGAGGCAGCCGACGUCACGUCCUCACACACACGGACCUUUGCCUGUUGUACGUAGCCUGUACCGAGUGCCGGGCGGUAGAGCCUCGACGAAGACCACGGGAGAUGGUGCGCAUUCCAGGGCCAAGUGCUGUUGCUUAUCUUCUUAUGUAUAUAGUAGUGGAACAUAUUUAAUGAUUUAAAUUUCUUACAGAAUUUGCUUUCUUUUUUUUUUUUUGUAGUGAUCUAGGAAACUGUAUUUUGGAAGAUAUUUGAAAUUAUGUAAUUCUCAAAUAAAGCACUUUUCAAAACUAGUUUUUUUGUUUAUAAUCAUAAAAUAUGUAAUUUGUAAUAUGCAAGUCAUGCCUCAUUACAGCUAAUAGCUGAGAGAGAUUCCUGUUGCUCAUAAUUUUUCAUAUUUAGUUUUUUAAUUUUAAUAAAAUCAUGGAAAUAGCAAAAGCUUUUGAAAGCCA